CGUCAUAAGGCUGCGCUGCUGCGAUUCUGUUGGGAAAAAAAGGACAAAGUGUUCAAACACGCAGAAAAACUCCUGGUGAAGCAACACACUGUUAUAAAGAUGGAGUUUAUUAAAGAGGAGAGUGAAGACGUGAAGAUUGAAGAAGCUUUUACUGUCAAACAUGAAGAUCCUGAAGAACAACAAACAAAGAUGGCGUUUAUUACAGAGGAGAGUGAAGACGUGGAGAAUGAAGUCAAACAUGAAGAUCCUGAGGAACAAACAGACCUGAUGCCGCUGAACGAGGAGAGUCAAGAACUGAAUGUAAUGGAAGAGAAAAAUCAGUAUGAGAAACGUCAUUAUUUCAUGACUGGGGAAAAAUCUUGUACUUUCUCACCGACUCAAAAAACUGAAAGUAGAAACCUUAAAGUCCAGAUGAGAGUUCACACUGGAGAGAAGCCUUACACUUGCAAACUGUGUGGAAAGAGUUUCUCACGAAAACUAAAUCUUAACAUUCACAUGAGAAUUCACACUGGAAAGAAGCCAUUUAAAUGCUCUCAGUGUGGAAAAAGUUUUAAAGAGAAAAGGCACCUUAAUGCCCAUGUGACAAUUCACACUGGAGAGAAACCUUACACCUGCAAACUGUGUGGGAAGAGCUACACAAGAAAAGAAAAUCUUAAAUUCCACAUGAGUGUUCACACUGGAGAGAAGCCUUACACCUGCAAGCUGUGUGGGAAGAGCUACAAAAGAAAAGAAAACCUUGAUCUUCACAUGAGGAGUCACUCAGGAGAGAACUGUUUUAUAUGUCAGCAGUGUGGAAAGAGUUUCUCACACAAAGGAAACUUUGAGAAUCACAUGAGAGUUCACACUGGAGAGAAGCCUUUCACCUGCCCUAAUUGUGGAAAGAGCUUUACAGCUAAAGGAAACCUUAAGAUUCACAUGAGAAUUCACACUGGAGAGAAACCUUACAAGUGUCUUCAGUGUGACAUCAGUUUCACAUAUCACACAGACCUGAAACGGCAUUUGCAAACUCAUUCUGGAAAGAAAUUCCAAACCUCAUGUCACACUGAGGAAAAUGGCAAUUUCAACAAUCAUCUGCGCAUUCACUCUGAAGAAAGACAGUUCAGGUGUGAUCAUUCUAAUUAAAACAUCACAUUAACACAUUCAUACACCAUUAAUAUUUAAAUAUAUUAAUCAAUAAGAUUUAAGUAGUCAGUAUGAUUUUGUCUAUAGGGUGAAUAUAUCUAUGUGAUCAAUGGGGAAAAACAGGUCUUCUUGUGUAACAGCCCUAGGGGCCUCUCAGUAGCGUGAGACUUGGACAUAUGGAUGAAUACCUGUCUGCCUGCAGGUAACAGUUUUAGAAAAAUAUAUAUGGAAAAACAUGUGAAAUCCUUGGAAAUUGGUGAUAUGUUGCAGAUACAGAAUGGCGCGAUGAGGGCGACUCUCAAGGCAGCCUCCUGGUUGGUUGAGAAGUGAGGCCCAAGGGACUCUAUUUUCUUAUCUCAAGAAAUGUAUUACAAGUACCUUUAUAAGCUGCUGUGAGCUUUGUGUGUUAUUUCUUUGCUCACAGACUUCUGCUGUGUGUAAAUUGAUCAAUUUCUCUGCAGGGCAUUAAAAGCAAGAUCAAGAC